UUAAUUAAAUACUUCAUAUUCUCAGCGUUCUCAUUAGUGCAGCACGCUUAUAUCUAUACUAAGGUUAAGUUCUACUUUCACAAUUCGCAUGGCAGAUGCAUGGAGUCAGACGAACACAGGAAUGGCAAACAGCAGUCGGGCCUUUUCUGAUGUGAGGAAUGUGAUCCUGUCAGCCCAUAAAAACACAGGGGCCCAAGAUAAGAUUGGCUUCUAUGAUACCUGGGCUGAAAACUAUGAGCAGGAUGUAGCGCUGCUGGAUUACCGCGCUCCCUUGUUAGCGGCGGAGUGUGUGAGCUCAUUUUUCAGAGGUGACAGAGAGAAGGCCGCUGUCCUGGAUGUGGCCUGUGGAACAGGCCUGGUCUCUGCACAUCUGAAGAACAUGGGGUUUCGCCAUUUUGUUGGAAUAGAUGGAAGUCCGAAGAUGCUGGAGCUGGCAAAGCAAACUGAACUUUAUCAGCAGCUUACGCAAUGUCUGCUUGGUCAAGAUGAAAUUCCUGCUGAAUCUGAAACAUAUGACGUUGUAAUAAUCGUUGGAGCUUUGAGUGUUGGGCAUGUACCUUUAACAGUCAUCAGGGAGCUCUGGGAUGCCACAAAACCAGGUGGCUAUGUGUGCAUGACUACAAGAGGAAACACUGAUAACCGGGAGUACAAGGCUCAACUGGAACAAAUGAUCAGAGCGCUCGAGGAAGAGCAGAAAUGGAGCCGUGUGACUGUAGUUGAGGUGGAGGAGUGGGAGAAGGCCGUUUCAAAACAGGAAAGCGGGUACAUUCCGGGCGUCAUUUAUUUGUGUCAGAAAGGUUUUAAAUAAAGUCUGUGAUUUUAGAACCACACAAGGGAAACCCAAAUAUGACCAAAUAUGCUCAACAAUCCAUGCAUCUGUUCUUAUUCCACCAGCAGGUGGUGGCAUUUUGUCAGAAGUUAUAUGACCACUUGUUUUGAAAAUGCUUUUUUUCCCCCCAGAGAAGAUCCACGAUAAGAGAAAAGCUUAAACAUGAUCUAUUUGUUUGUUUUGGCACCAAAUUAUUUCACCUGGCACUGGUACGCAGUGCAGCCAUUUGACAAACUUUAAGGUUUUUGUUCAAGUAAAGUCCAUGAACCUUAAGGAUAUUGUGAAAAAAUGUCUAAGGUGUGUGGUUACAAAUCUACCAUUCCCCAGUUACAUCUAACCUUUCGGUAUGCCACUCCUCGAUACUCAGACACUAAACUUUUGAAACUGCCAUUUCCGCUGGUGUCAUGUGACAAAAAUAAAGCACACAAACAGAUUGUAGAGUGCGUGCUAUGAAUAAGAUUAUUGCACGUUGUUGUUAAAACUGCAUUAAACUGUAUGUGAUAAAAUAAACAGCAAUACCUAACAGUGA